AAACAUUUGGUUGUUUUUCAAAUGCAGAAACAACUAAAGAGUUGUAAGACCAAAGAAACCCAUUAUUUUAACUUAAAUACCAUCCUUACUAGAAAUAUCAGCCAGUUGAUGGUAAGAAUUAUCAACGCGUAAUCCAACGACAUCAAAAUAAACACUAUUAAUUGUUACCUUUACUAUUGUCAUGAUUAAAAAAGUUUGAGAUUGUCUUCUCACUUUUCCACUGUUUAUCUGUCUCAAUCACAUCAUCCAAUCUGUGUGUUUUUGCUACACAAUAACGUUUAACCCACACUAUACUGAGGAGUAUCAAAGCAUUUUUUUACACCAAUCAUAUUGGGACUAAUUAAAGACUUAAAACUAUGGGGAGAUUGGGAGCAUUUCCUGCCGAUGCGGCUGCAAGUCUGUUGGAUUUCAAUCAGAAGCUUGAUAUUAACUUGUUGGAUUCCAUAGUCAAUUAUAUGUAUAAUGGUGAAGGAUCUCAACAAAGAUUAGCACAAGAAAUAUUGACAACACUGAAAGAGCAUCCAGAUGCUUGGACUCGUGUUGACACCAUUCUUGAAUUUUCAAAGAAUCAACAAACCAAGUAUUAUGCGUUACAAAUCUUGGAAAAUGUUAUUAAAACGAGAUGGAAAGUUUUACCUCGUAACCAAUGUGAAGGAAUCAAAAAAUAUAUCGUUGGUCUUAUCAUUAAGACAUCAUCCGACCCAGAGUCUCUGGUUAAAGAAAAAGUUUAUCUCAAUAAACUUAAUAUGAUAUUAGUUCAGAUAUUGAAAAGAGAAUGGCCCAAAAAAUGGCCUACCUUCAUCAGUGAUAUAGUAGGAGCUAGUAAAACCAAUGAAAGUUUGUGUCAGAAUAAUAUGAUAAUUCUAAAACUUCUGAGCGAAGAAGUUUUCGAUUUCUCUACCGGUCAAAUGACGCAAGCCAAAGCCAAGCAUCUCAAAGACACAAUGUGCUCGGAAUUCUCACAAAUUUUUCAGCUGUGUCAAUUCGUUUUGGAAAAUUCUCAGAACCCAAAUCUAAUUCUUUGCACACUGGAAACACUUCUGCGUUUUCUCAACUGGAUUCCUCUUGGAUACAUUUUCGAGACUAAACUUAUCAGCACUCUCAUUUUUAAAUUUUUCAUCGUUCCUAUGUUUCGAAAUGUUACGCUUAAAUGUCUCACUGAGAUAGCGGCAAUCAAUGCUGCUCACUACGAUGAAAUGUUCAUCACAUUGUUUACUCAGACAGGCCAACAACUUGAGAAUAUGCUUCCAGCCGAUACUGACAUCCGAGAGGCUUAUGCGAUCGGAACUGAUGAAGAACAAAAGUUCGUCCAAAAUUUGAGUUUAUUUUUGUGCACCUUCUUGAAAGAGCAUGGACAACUGAUAGAAAAACCACAAUAUCGAGAGAUACUUAUGGGAUCUCUGAAUGGUCUCUUAAUGAUUUCCGAAGUUAACGAAGUGGAGAUUUUUAAGAUCUGCUUAGAAUAUUGGAAUUGUCUCGCUACUGAUCUGUAUCAUGAAUUCCCACAACCAGUAGCUCAACGAGGUACUCAAGUGAUGUCGCCGAGUUCUGUUAUGAUCAGUUUUCGUCGUGAAUUAUAUAGACCUAUUCUUUCUAAACUGCGUUACAUAAUUAUUGGUAGGAUGGCUAAGCCAGAGGAAGUGCUGGUCGUGGAAAAUGAACAAGGAGAAGUUGUGAGGGAAUUCAUGAAAGAUACAGACUCUAUACAGUUAUAUAAAAAUAUGAGAGAGACGCUUAUUUAUUUAACAAACCUUGAUUGUGCAGAUACUGAACGAAUUAUGACUGAAAAAUUGCAGAAUCAAGUCAAUGGAUCAGAAUGGGGUUGGAAAAGUCUUAACACGUUAUGUUGGGCUAUUGGGUCAAUAAGUGGAGCUAUGAGUGAAGAAGAUGAACGAAGGUUUCUAGUCACAGUAAUUAAAGAUUUACUUGGUCUCUGUGAACAAAAAAGAGGAAAAGAUAAUAAGGCCAUCAUAGCAUCCAAUAUCAUGUAUGUCGUUGGUCAAUAUCCUAGAUUUUUACGUGCUCAUUGGAAAUUUCUCAAGACUGUCGUUAACAAACUUUUUGAAUUCAUGCACGAAACACAUGAAGGUGUACAGGACAUGGCUUGUGACACAUUCAUUAAGAUCGCGCAAAAAUGUCGUCGUCAUUUUGUUCAAGUCCAGAUUGGUGAAGUUCAACCUUUCAUCGAAGAAAUAUUGAGCAACAUCAAUUCCAUUAUUUGUGAUUUACAACCACAACAGGUACACACCUUCUAUGAAGCUGUUGGUCAUAUGAUCGCUGCUCAAGCUGAUGUGCCGGCUGCUAACGCUUUGAUUAAGAAGUAUAUGUUUCUACCUAAUCAAGUGUGGGAUGACAUAAUCAAUCAAGCAUUUAAAAACGUCGAUGUUCUUAAAGAUCCGGACGCCGUGAAACAAUUGGGCAACAUUUUAAAAACCAAUGUUCGUGCCUGUAAAGCUCUAGGACAUCAUUAUGUUGUGCAACUUGGCCGAAUUUAUUUGGACAUGUUGAAUGUUUAUAAAGUUAUGAGUGAAAACAUUAGUGCAGCGAUUGCGUUAAACGGUGAAUCUGUUACCAAACAGCCUUUAAUUAGAAGUAUGAGGACAGUUAAAAAAGAGACAUUAAAAUUGAUCUCCGGUUGGAUAGAAAGAUCAUCAGACCCUAAAUUGGUUUUAGAAAACUUUAUUCCGCCUCUUCUGGAUGCGGUUCUUCUAGAUUAUCAGAGAUGUGCAGUGCCUUGUGCUAGAGAACCAGAAGUACUCUCAACCAUGGCAACUAUAGUCAAUCAGUUGCAAGUAAGUAAAGUAUCAUUGAUCGAAAAUGGUGAAAUUGCUUCGGAGAUUCCCAAGAUUUUUGAUGCAGUUUUUGAGUGUACUCUCGAUAUGAUUAACAAAGAUUUCCAAGAAUUUCCAGAAUAUCGGACCAAUUUCUAUCUAAUGUUACAAGAAGUUGUGAAUCAUUGUUUCAAAGCAUUGUUAAUGAUCCCACCCAAUCAGUUUAAACUUGUUUUGGACUCCAUAAUCUGGGCAUUUAAACAUACCAUGAGAAAUGUAGCUGACAUUGGUUUACAAAUUUUACUUGAGUUAUUAGAAGAUAUUGGAAGAGAGGAGGCAGCAAUGCAAAGUUUCUAUCAAACUUAUUACACUGAUAUUCUUCAACAUAUUUUCUCUGUUGUUACCGAUACAUCUCAUGUUGCAGGCCUCACGUUACAAGCAACUAUCUUGGCGUUCAUGUUUUUCGUAGUUGAAUCUGGUAAAAUAACAGUACCUCUUAAUCCUGCUGUUCAAAGCCAGACGAACCAAACAAAUGAGCAAUAUGUACAAGAUUUUGUGGCCAAUCUUCUUAAAGCCGCCUUCCCACAUCUCACUGAUCCACAAAUACAAUUAACAGUCCGAGGUUUUUUCAAACUAGAUCGAGAUAUAACGGGUUUCAAAGAACAUCUCAGAGACUUUUUAGUUCAGAUUCGGGAAUUUGCGGGUGAAGAUGAUAGUGAUCUAUAUCUCGAAGAAAGAGAAGAAGCCAUGAGGAUAGCGGAAGCAGAAAAAAGGAAACUUCAAAUGACAGUACCAGGAAUCAUCAAUCCUCACGAGUUACCUGAAGAAAUGCAAGAUUAGGAAAAACAGCCCACUGUUAGUUAUUUUUUGCUACGUUUUCAUUUUUCCCCUUCUGUUCUUUUCGAACCUCAUCAUCAUCAUCAUAAUCAUCUUCAUUGUCAAGUGUCCAGUUUUGAAGAACAAUAAUAAAAAAAACUUUGUAACUAAGAAAUACGAAUCAUGGCAACAACAACGGUUCAAAUGAAUAAACAAAAGACACACUAUUUGAAGUCAAUAAUGCUUAUUUAA